AUGUCGCUUAUACCAUACCACCCGCGCGAGGGCCGCGAAAUCGUUCUCCGUCAUCGCAAUGCAAUUGUAGUUCGCGACCCCUCGUCCCAGCGACUCGAGAUUCGAGGCCUCUCCGAAUGUCCUACAUGCCGACAACCUUUGCGCUCCCCCUCCCCCGAUCGUCAAUUCGACAGUGCGCGCCACCACGAUUCCUUCGUCGACCCCAACUACUUCCGCAUGCUACGAGCCGGUCACCACAGUGUUCGAGCCGAACAUCCACCUUCUAGCCCUAUCCGCAGAUUUGUGCAGCCUAUUCUGGCGACUCCCCAACCCGCCGUUUUCGAGGACACACAAGAUGUUGAGUUUAUAUCAAGCACACCCGCCGUCCAGGAAGGAAGUCGCAUCCGCCGCGAAGCCUUCAGUCCGAAUUACUUCAAAACCUUCUUCGUCGAAGAGAAAGAGCUUGGCCGAGGCGGAAAAGGAGUUGUCCUGCUCGUUCGUCAUGAGAUUGAUGGCUGCCACCUAGGCCACUUCGCAUGUAAGCGUGUGCCAGUCGGAGACGAUCAUGCCUGGCUCGAAAAGGUGCUCAUCGAGGUUGAGCUGCUUGCCAAACUGUCCCACCCAAACCUGGUUUCCUACCGCCACGUUUGGCUCGAGGACGUUACGUUGACGAGAUUCGGCCCCAGCGUGGCAUGCGCCUUUAUUCUUCAACAGUAUUGUAAUGGUGGAGAUCUGCUUCAAUACAUCAUCGGCGAGCAGCCAAAAGAGACUACAAAAGAGCAACUCAAGGCUCAAAUGCGCAGGAAGUCCAAAGGUCAACUCGAAAUCCCACGCGAUCAAUUCGCCUCUCAACGGCUCCUUUCUUUCGAAGAAAUCUUCUCUCUUUUCAAAGACAUCACAUCUGGACUCGCCUACCUUCAUGCAGCCAACUACAUACACAGGGACCUCAAGCCGAGUAACUGCCUGCUACAUCGUGAGGGGAGUGGCAUGAUCUGCCUGAUUAGUGACUUUGGCGAGGUUCAGUCCGAGCACAUGGUUCGCAAGUCUACCGGCUCAACCGGAACCAUCUCCUACUGUGCGCCGGAGGUCUUGAGGAGGGACUCUGUGGGACGCUACGGCAACUUUACAACAAAAUCCGACAUAUUCUCUCUAGGAAUGAUUCUCUACUUCAUGUGUUUUGGCCGGCUACCCUACCGUAGCGCCAACACUAUCAACGAGGAGUUAGAAGACAUUGACGCCCUGCGCGCUGAGAUAACGGAUUGGCAGGGCUUCCAAGAUGAGCGCAGAGAGCGUCCUGACCUUCCCUCCAAGCUAUACCAACUGCUCAAAAGGCUCGUUGCACUGGAGCCUUCUCAACGCCCAAGCGCCAACGAAGUCUUAGCAGCCAUGAAGACCGAAUCCACCGUUGAUAGCGUCCCUCGAGGCAGAAGCUCAAGUCCGCCGGUGGGUCUUCACAACCGCCGCAUUCAGAAUCUCGAUUCUCCGGUACCCCCUAGUACUCCUGUCCCAGAUCCUCAAAAGCAGCCCAGAUUCUCAUCCUCACAGGAAGGCUAUAACAUUCCCAGCAGGGCUGCAGAAAAUGGCUCCCCCCGUCCAAGCCUACAGACAGGUAUGCAAAGGCUUUCGGAUCCUAGCUCACCGCGGCAUCGUCCCCAGGCCCAGACGAUGGUGGCCUCGCGCAGCCAGGACAGCUUUCCUCGUCUGUCUCCGGAAAUUGCUGUGUCCGAAGGAAGCGCCGAGUCUGUCAAAGAUGAGCCGUUGGGUUCUCCACCGUUGCUGAUGCCACCCCCUCCCGGCACAAGAUUUGCCGCCUUUCAACACAGGCUAAUGGUCGGAUGGCUCCGAGCAGGUCAUCUAAUCCAUCAUAAUGCUAGUCCUCUGCUGGUGGUCACUCGUCUUGGUCUCUUUCUCAGUAAACUUUACAGCCUCACGCGUCCUUGUUGGCCUUACAUGGUGGACACAAGUGUAGGGGCGUUUCUGGUCGUAAUUGCUGCGCUGGAUCUCGGUCUCGCGAACACCGAUACGUCGGGGGAGCUGAGAUACCGGCAAGAUUUCAGGAUACACAAUGGGCUGCCAUGGGCUUGGGGUGUACGUGGCACCGUGCUCCUUGCGGUCAUACACCUCGUCGUCCUGUGGGCUGUCGGCCACUGGAAUGCUCUGUGCACAACAGGUGGCAGCCGCUCAUGGGACGUCCACGACGACAACCUGUUGCCAUAG